CUUGAGACGAUAACAAGUCGUCUUUCCAAAACUUCCUCUAACAUUGAAACCCCGUUAAUUAUCCUGAACAAAACUGAGUUCACGGAAACCUUUAGUGAGGAUUUCUAUUCUUCGGUGGAAGUAGAUAUACCAGAAUCUGAUGGACAAAGAAAAUCAAUCACAGUGAUAACAUUUUCCUCCAUGGAUACCGUGCUCCCUGCAAGAGACGAAGCCAAUUCAUCUGACAAUGUUAUCAACGGAAGGGUGGUACUUAUUCAGUCCAGUGGCAAAAUCAAUAACAUCUCAUUAACAUUUGAUACUCUCAACGAUACUCUGCAGGAUCCAAAGUGUGUUUUCUGGAACUUCUCACUCUUUGAAGGUCUUGGAGGAUGGGACGACAAUGGGUGCACCUUGGUGAAUGACAACGAAACCAUCAGCUGCAACUGCAACCAUCUCACCUCGUUCUCCAUCCUCAUGUCACCUUUCGCUCCAAAUAACCCGAUAUUGGACUAUAUAACCUACAUCGGUGUUGGCUUGUCAAUGGGUUCAUUGGUCAUAUGUCUCAUCAUUGAGGGUAUCAUCUGGAGAAAAAUAAGAAAGAACGCCACAUCCUACUUGCGCCAUGUUUCCAUUGUGAACAUUGCCGUUUCUCUCUUGAUUGCAAACAUCUGGUUCAUCAUUGGGGCGGCCAUUGCAGAUGCAGAUCAGAAAAACCCACCAGCAUGCACUGCAGCUACCUUUUUUAUCCAUUUUUUCUAUCUGGCUCUGUUCUUCUGGAUGUUAGCCUCAGGUCUGCUGCUGCUCUAUCGCAUGCUCAGUGUCUUUGGUGGGGGGUUGUCUAAAGCGGCCAUGUUGGCUAUUGGAUUCUGUCUGGGAUACGGUGCACCACUCAUCAUCGCAGUAAUAACCAUCGCUGUAACUGCACCCGCAAAGGAAUACAUCAGAGCAAAUACUGUCUGCUGGCUCAACUGGGACGAGUCCAAAGCCCUGCUGGCAUUUGUGAUCCCUGCCCUGGUAAUAGUGGUUAUAAACCUCAUAAUCCUGCUGGUGGUGAUAUACAAAAUGUUGAGGAGCAGAAUUGAGUCAAGUGCUACACAGCCAGGUGAAAAACAUGUUCUGAUGGUCAUCGCCCGGAGUUUGGCUGUACUCACACCAUUCUUUGGAUUGACAUGGAGUUUGGGAGUUGGAACGAUGACUGACCCAGAUAAUGAAGGAAUCCAUAUUGCAUUUGCAUUCUUCAAUUCGCUGCAGGGUUUCUUCAUCUUGGUAUUUGGGACACUGCUGGACAAAAAGGUGCGGUCAGAGCUCACAAUGAAGUCAACGACUUCCCAAGGAAUAACAACGAGCACCGGUGCCGGCGCUACAUCCAGUGGACUGGGAAUUUUCCAGAACAUGAGACGAGGUGGAGGUAUAUCGGGUGCUUCAAAUGGCUUACCUGAAUCGCAAUCAUUACACAUCUGA